AUGGGAAGAGAGCUGUCGCCUUUCAGCCAGAGGAAACUGCUGACCCAGCAGCUGGCCAGGGGCGAGGUUCCCACUCCACCACGCGUGGUGCCGGAGAAGGCUGCCGGCAACGGGCCAGAGCCGGUGGGAAAAGGACCCUCGGCCACACCAGGGCAUCGGCCGAGAAGCAGGUCACGGGAGAGGAAACCCGCAGAUGGCUCAAGGGAUCGCAGGCCCAAGGAUGCUUCGCCAGCAGCAAGCGCAAGCAGGCGCGAGCGAGAUGGAUCACCUGAGCCGUACAGGAGUCGCCGAGAAGAGUCACGAGAGAAGAAACGUGAUGGAUCGAGAGACCGCCGUGCGGAUCGCUCCAGGGACAGGCGGCGCGACAGGUCCAAGGACAGGACGAGGGACAGAUGUGUAGAAAAGAAGCGUGACCGCUCAAGAGACAAGGGUGCAGACAGAGAUCGUAGACGACAUCGUUCGCGGGAUAGGCACAGCAGACGCGAUCGCUCACGCUCACGCUCACGCUCACGAUCACGAGACCGACGGCGCGGGGACAAGCCGAGGGAAAGCAAACGCUCGCGCUCACGUUCACGCUCUCCUCUAGCUAUUCGCGAGCGCAAACAUCGUCCACGCUCGCCGUCCGCGUCCAGAUCUCCACCACUCAAGCGUCGCCGCCGCAGCCGUUCGAAGUCACGUUCACAAUCUCCGCACCAGCGCAACAAGAAGCCUCUGCCUGAUCAAGCGGUCUCUUUCCGCGGCGUCGACAACUCAGCACAGGCACCGAGCAAGUAUGGCGGUGCACCCGUCAACAAGGAAAAGCCGAAUUUCAAAGCCACCGGCGCGCUAGCCAAACACGCCAAUCGAGUCCAAGGCACCAAGAUCUCGCUCAAAUACCACGAGCCUGCGGAGGCGCGGAAACCACCGCCUUCACAGCCCUGGCGCAUGUUCGUGUUCAAAGGCGACGACGUCAUCGACACGAUUGAGCUUUGGCAGAAGAGUUGUUGGCUUCUGGGUCGCUCGCACGAGGUCGUGGACUAUGUGCUUGAGCACCCCAGCUCGAGCGGACAGCACGCAGCCAUACAGUUCCGCUACAUCCAGAAGGUUGUGGAGGACGAGUUUGGAGUCCGGAGUACCAAGGGGAGGGUCAAGCCGUAUGUCAUCGACCUGGAGAGCAGUAACGGGACGGAGCUCAACGGAAAAGACGUCGAGGCCAGUCGCUACUUCGAGCUGAGGGACAAGGACAUGCUGAAGUUUGCAGGGAGCGAGCGCGAGUACGUGGUUAUGCUGCCGCCUCGGGAGGACAAGCAGGAGUGA